AUUUAUUGUUUGGGACGGAAGAGAAUAGUUUAUUCGUUGUACUCGGAUCGGAACUAAGUGGAUAUCUUUCAACGGAAAGAUAGAUAGUGUUAGAAACAGUACCGCGUUAUUAUUACCACACCACAGAACAGAAUCCAAGGUAGAUCAGGUAUUAAAACUUGUUACUGUUAUUGUUGCAUGAAUGAAUUGAAUUCUAUAAUCUAAUCCUCAAAAUGGAUAAGUUACCUUUGGAAAUCUGCAUCAAGAUCUUCUGUUUCUUAGACCACCAUCACCUUGCUGUAGCUCAACAAGUCUGUAGGAAAUGGAAGCUGAUGGCCUCAGACAAUGCUCUAUGGUCAAACCUUUUUAAGGAGAGAUGGGGAGGAGAGCAUGCUGCUUUUUAUGCUCCUAUUGGUUCAAAACCAUGGAAAGAAGUAUACGAGGUGCAAGAUCGUUGCGAUCGAGUUGGACUGGGUUUGAAGAUUAUUAGAGAAGGAAGUGACUACUAUCUUGUUCACCAAGGUGAGGUACAACGAUAUCUGGGUUCAAGAAAAAAUCCACGACAAGUAACCGGCCACAACUGUCCUAAUUUUAGUUCGGAAAGGGACUUGACUGGAGAAAGUUCUUUCCCUGAAGAGAAAUCGUGUCGGGGAAUUUUGGACAAAAUCCUUUUUUUCAUUGGGGAUUUGGAAGUUGCUUCUGCUGAUGCCAAACGCAGCCGUGUGUUAUGAUGAUAUCUAUCACUCAAUCCAAUAGUGAAGUUCAAUGUGAAACUUCUUUGUAUGUUUGUAUGUAAGCAUUGUUUCAUGUAUAUACUAGUACAUACUUAUCAGUUUAAUAAAUAUGUAUUGAGUAAAAAAGUUUUACACUAAUACUCAGUUGUAUCUUACUAUGAUAUUAUAUAUAUUGUAAUAUUACUUCAUAAAAUACUUCAAAGCAUUGUAAGUUGUUUUUUCUGAA